AUGGAGGCUCUGCUGGUGGACACGGACAUACAAGUGGAUGAGAGGCCAGACUCUCCUGCACCCAGCUGUGUGUCCAUGAAGAGUGAUCGGUCAAAGGAUCAGAUCAUCAACUUUAGUGAGGGACACAGUCAUCCUGAUCCCAGUUUGUCUACGUGUCGUGCAUUUGGGUCCAGCUCUUCUACAGCAGUGUUACCCAACUGCUCAUACAGUCUCCAACAGGAAGAACGAACAAUUCAUCCAUCCUUCAGCGAAACUUCUCAAAAUGAGAUUUCUAAUGUAUUCAAGGAGCUUGAACACAAAGUCAUCACUUUCAUGACGAAUGAACUAAAGAGACUCAAGAAGCUCCUGACUCAUGAUUACCCAGAAUCCCCUCACAGUGAGGAGGAGGAUGAGGAGGACCAGAGAGAUGUCAGAGAUGGAGCUCUGAAGAUUGCAGUGCACAUCCUGAGGAACAUGAACCAGGAGAUCAUUGCUCAGCAGCUGGAGAAAUAUGGACUGUUUCCCAGAUGUCAACAAGAGCUCAAAUACAGGCUAACAAACAAGUUUCAGAGUGUAUUUGAGGGCGUGCCUAAGCUAGGAAACCCUACUUUUCUGGAGAAGAUUUACACAGAGCUCUACAUCACAGAGGGGGAAAGUGUAGAGGUCAAUACAGAACAUGAGGUCAGACAGCUUGAGAUGGCAUCCAAGAGACAAAUAACAGAGAGGGAAACACCAAUCAAAUGUACUGACAUCUUCAAGCCCUUACCUGGACAAGACAAACCCAUCAGAACUGUGCUGACAAAAGGAGUUGCUGGCAUUGGAAAAACCGUUUCUGUGCAGAAAUUCAUUCUGGACUGGGCUGAAGAAAUAGCCAAUGAGAAUAUUCACUUCAUAUUUCCUCUUCCUUUUCGGGAGCUGAACUUGAUUAAAGACAAGAAAUACACCCUCAUGGACAUCAUCCAUCACUUCUUCUCUGAAACAAAAGACUUUGCCUUCUCCAACCAGGACAGAUACAACAUUGCUUUCAUCUUUGAUGGUCUGGAUGAAAGCAGACUUCCUCUGGAUUUCCAGCACAAUGAAUGCAUCUACAAUGUAUCAGAACCUGCCUCAGUGGAUGUUCUUCUCACAAACCUCAUCAAGGGGAAUCUGCUUCCCUCUGCUCUUGUGUGGAUCACCUCCCGACCAGCAGCAACCAAUCAAAUCCCUCCUGAGUGUGUUGAUCAGGUGACAGAAGUCCGGGGUUUCAAUGACCCACAGAAGGAGGAGUACUUCAGAAAGAAAAUCAUUAAAGUGGAACUGGCCAGCAGAAUCAUCACACACCUAAAGUCAUCCAGGUGCCUCUACAUCAUGUGUCACAUUCCAGUCUUCUGUUGGAUGGCAGCCACUGUUCUGGAGUACAUCCUGACUGAAGCAGAGAGUGGAGAGAUUCCAACAUCUUUGACACAAAUGUACACACACUUCCUCAUCAUACAAACCAAACACAGGAGUCAGAAGUAUGGAAACCGUGAUGCGGAUGCACUCUGGAACCUGAAGACCAUAAAGUCCCUGGGCAAACUGGCUUUUCAGCAGCUGGAGAAGGGAAAUCUGAUCUUCUAUGAGGAGGACCUGACAGAAUGUGGCAUUGGUAUCACAGAUGCAUCAGUGUACUCAGGGAUGUGUACCGAGAUCUUCAGAGAGGAGGCUGGGCUGUACCAGGGGAAGGUGUUCUGCUUUGUUCAUCUGAGUAUUCAGGAGUUUCUAGCAGCUUUAUAUGUGUUUUUGCACUUUAGCGAGAGAGAAAGCAAUAUGCCUGACCAACACCAAACCUCUCAGCUUAAUUCACUGCUCAGUGCUAACAAACUUCAUGACCUAAACCAGACUGCAGUGGACCUGGCAUUAAGGAAUGAGAAUGGACACCUGGACCUUUUCCUGAGGUUUCUUCUUGGCCUCUCACUGGAGUCCAAUCAGGAACUCUUACAAGACCUGCUGCCACAGACAGGAAGCAGCUCACUGAACACAGAGGAAACAGUCAAGUACAUCAAGCAGAAGAUCAAAGAAGCCCCCAACCCAGAGAGAUGCAUCAACCUGUUCCACUGUCUGAAUGAACUGAACGACCACUCUCUGGUGGAGGAGGUCAAGGGCUACUUGAGGAAGGGAAAAAAAACCAGAGAGGAACUCUCUCUUUCCCAGCUGUCAGCUCUGGCCUUUGUGCUGCUGAUGUCAGACCAGCAACUGGAGGAGUUUAACCUGGAGGAUUAUGGGAGAGUGGGAUCACCUGCCAGAUCAGAUGCCGGUCUGCUGAGGAUGCUGCCCGUGGUCAAAGCAUCAAGAAGAGUGAAGCUGAGUUUUUGUAACCUCACAGAGAAGAGCUGUGCAGCUUUAUCUUCAGCUCUCAGCUCAAACUCUUCCAGUCUGAGACAGCUGAACCUGACUAACAAUAAUCUGCUGGGAGAUUCAGGAGUGGAGCUGCUUUCUACUGGUCUGGAGCAUCCAAACUGUAGACUGGAGAAACUGGAGCUGAGAUACUGUAACCUCACAGAGAAGAGCUGUGCAGCUUUAUCUUCAGCUCUCAACUCAAACUCCUCCAGUCUGAGACAGCUGGACCUGAGAAACAAUAAUCUGGGAGGUUCAGGAGUAGAGCUGCUUUCUACUGGUCUGGAGCAUCCAAACUGCAGACUGGAGGAACUGGAGCUGAGUGGUUGUAACCUCACAGUGAAGAGCUGUGCAGCUUUAUCUUCAGCUCUCAGCUCAAACUCUUCCAGUCUGAGACAGCUGCACCUGAGUGGCAAUAAUCUGCUGGGAGAUUCAGGAGUGGAGCUGCUUUCUACUGGUCUGGAGCAUCCAAACUGCAGACUGGAGAAACUACGGUAAGAUUAUGUUUUAAUGUUUGUGAUAGUGUCAUGUGUUGUGUGCUUGCAAUUAUGAUGCACUGGACUGUCACCAUCUCCAUAUCUCCCUAAAUGAAUAGCAAAGGACUCUUUAAAUCAACAGAGGGAACUGGAUAUUUAAUCUAAAUGUAAAGAUAAAUAUCCUCUAUUUUUGCUCAAGUGUGCAAAGUGUUGCGUUGCAAAAAA